AUGGUCGAAUCAGCUGACUUAUUAGGCGAUGAAGGUGUUAUUAAGGUUGAGUCCGAGUCUCAGCCUGCCAAGAGACAUCGAGUCAGUCGAGCGUGUUUGCAAUGUCGUAAUCGGAAAAUAAAAUGUAAUGGACAAGAACCCACGUGUGGUUCUUGUGCGACGUCGGGCACAAAAUGUGAAUAUAGUGAAUCCAAGAAAAGAGGUUUGCCCUCGGGCUACCUCCAACAGUUAGAAGGGUAUGUCAAGCGAAUAGAGCAAAUGCUAGGGGCAUAUAUCAUCAGCAAUAGUCAUGGCGAACAGGAGUUAUAUACUGUAUUAGAUGGUUUGGCUGAAGUCGAAGAUAUGAAUAAUAGGUCCAAGGACGAGAUGGAUCGAGCAUGGCAGAAUUCAGGUGUCUGUAAGCGUUUGAAAGAGAGUGUAGCAAACUCCGAUGGUGAUUCUGCCAGAAGUGAACAUAGAAGACGACUCUCUAUAACGCAGAGCAAGGCAGGUUCAAUCGCCUUGUCAGGAGGUGUUGCUGUCCAAACCCCUUCAAAUAGUAGUCCCGGAGCUGCUGCCAAAAGGAAACUUAAUGAAAAUACUCCAGACGAUGUUCAUCAUGGUCUAGGCAAUAAUGGGGAUGACCGUUCUGGCGCAGAGGGUAUGUUUCGUCCCAAACAAGAUACGAACUCGGCAGUAUCAGACGGGCACAUUUCUGAUGGCAGUCGUUUUCUAUUUCUUGGAGCCAGUAGUGGCAUGUCUCCGGAUUUUAAACCUAUCCUAAGAGCUCGGCCUUAUAUUCAGUCAGCCUCAUCGUUAUUGCUGAUGGGAUCGAAUAAUCUAAUGAAAUCAGGACUAGAUUCAAUGGCAUUGACUGAUCGAAUCUCGUUGCUAGAUACUUACUUUUCAUAUGUUCAUUCCUGGCUGCCAAUGGUAAACAAGGUCGACCUGAUUAGAGUGGCAUAUUCCAUGGAGUCGUUUUCAGGGUCUGAUAGAGAAAUGUUGCUAUGGGCGACACUGGAAUUUGCUUCCCAUAUUUCUCGUAAGACGCGAGAUCUGAAUCCUUUUAGAAUCCAAAUACAGCGAUUUAUCUCUGAAUCGGCUCUAGGACCAGGAUCUUUGGAAAGAGUACAGGCAUUAUUACUAAUAGCAUUGAUAUUUUUCUCUAAAGGCUAUUGGGAUAGUAGCUGGACUACUAUUGGACUGGCUGUACGAGUUGCUUACGAGCAAGGGUUUCAUGCGUUUAAUACCUCCUCUUCAGUGUUCUCGAAAAGAACCUGGUAUGCCUGUUGUAUUAUAGAUACUUUAAUAGCGGCUCGAUUGGGACGUCCUCCACAUACAUCAGAUAAUGAUUUCGAAUUAGAUCCAAUCGAAGAAGAUGGCUGGGAAGAAUGGGAAUUAUGGAAGCCAAUCCAAAGUCCGUACGCUUCGCUGACUGCAAAUUUGAUGGGUAUGGAUGCCAACUCUGGAAAGCCAGCAAACUCAAUUUUCCGGUCUAGAAAUGAAUCUUGGUCUGCAGCGCCCGCUCGAAGCUUAUCGAUAUUUAAUGCACUGUUGCCAUUAGUAAGGUUGUUGAACAAUGUAAUUAGCCAGCUCAACCAGCCCUCUUUCGCUGUAAGACCACGCGUUCAGAGGUCUCUGUUUUACAAUGAUAUUACGGCAAAGCUACAACUAUGGGGUCGAAACUUGCCAGAGCAUUGUUCACUGGCUGAUCUCAGCGUGAAAGCAUCAGAACCCAUUGCACCUCACAAAAUCAAUCUUUAUUUAACAUUUAUAGCGACUGCUUCUCUUUUCUACACAACAGAUGAGUUUGCAACGACUAGCUCCAACUUUUUUGUUCCUCAGGAUACACUACCAACAAUCAGCUCGCAGCUAUUACUAAAUUUUGGUAUGUCAUUUCCACCCAGUCAUGCUUCUCCAUUUUUUGAAUACUUUUCAUCUAUCCCUUUACUAUUGGCAAUCAAGACAAACUCGAUUCGACAAGUUACAUAUCCUGGAAGCACCCCUAGUACGGUCCAGAAGAUUAUUCCUCUAGCGUUUUUGGAAGAGAGCUGGCCUGGCGUAACAUCUCUCAGCUUGCAGUACUUCACAAAGGAGAGAUUCGCCAUUCUUGACGAAUCUGCCAUUUAUGAUAAGAAAAUGUCGCAGAGUUCCAUGCACGGAUUGACAAAUGCGCUACAAGCAUUUGCAGCUGCUGCCAGCUUAGAGGCUGGUCUAGGUACAACUGGCCCGGUAAGUAAGAACCUUACAGUUAUUGGUUUCAUUUUUACUAACAAAAUCAGCAGUCCAAAAUCGAAUCUGCCUUUGCUCCCAAUGAGCAGCAGCCAAUGUCAUCUGUCUCUAACUUAA